GGCGGGACGUCCGGGAGCGCGCACGCAUCCGGCCCGCGGUGCGCGCUCAGGUCGGUGCGUCGGUCGGGGGCGCGCUCGGGUAACCUGUACCCCACGUAGUCGCCGGUUACCGAUCGGACUAAGUUCCAGUGGUAGCUUACAAGUCAAGUUAAAAUGUCCCCAGAAGUGGCCUUGAACCGAAUUUCUCCAAUGCUUUCCCCAUUCAUAUCUAGUGUGGUCCGGAAUGGAAAAGUGGGAUUGGAUGCUACAAAUUGUUUGAGGAUAACAGACUUGAAAUCUGGCUGUACAUCAUUGACUCCCGGACCCAACUGUGACAGAUUCAAACUGCACAUUCCAUAUGCUGGAGAAACAUUAAAAUGGGAUAUCAUUUUCAAUGCCCAAUACCCAGAGCUGCCCCCCGAUUUUAUCUUUGGAGAGGAUGCUGAGUUCCUGCCAGACCCCUCGGCUCUGCACAACCUCGCCUCCUGGAACCCUUCAAACCCUGAGUGCCUCUUGCUGGUGGUGAAGGAGUUGGUGCAGCAGUACCACCAGUUCCAGUGCAGCCGCCUCCGCGAGAGCUCACGCCUCAUGUUUGAGUACCAGACGCUGCUGGAAGAGCCUCAGUACGGGGAGAACAUGGAAAUUUAUGCUGGGAAGAAAAACAACUGGACUGGUGAAUUUUCAGCUCGUUUUCUCUUGAAAUUGCCAGUGGAUUUCAGCAACAUUCCCACAUACCUUCUCAAGGAUGUAAAUGAAGAUCCUGGAGAAGAUGUGGCCCUCCUUUCUGUCAGUUUUGAGGACGCUGAAGCCACCCAGGUGUAUCCAAAGCUGUACUUGUCACCCCGAAUUGAACAUGCACUUGGAGGCUCCUCAGCUCUCCAUAUCCCAGCUUUUCCCGGAGGAGGAUGUCUUAUCGAUUAUGUUCCUCAAGUAUGCCACCUGCUCACCAACAAGGUGCAGUAUGUGAUUCAAGGAUAUCACAAAAGAAGAGAGUACAUUGCUGCUUUCCUCAGUCACUUCGGCACAGGAGUCGUGGAGUACGAUGCAGAAGGCUUUACAAAACUCACUCUGCUGCUGAUGUGGAGAGAUUUCUGUUUUCUUGUGCACAUUGACCUGCCUUUGUUUUUCCCUCGAGAUCAGCCGACUCUGACAUUUCAGUCAGUAUAUCACUUUACCAACAGUGGACAGCUUUACUCCCAGGCCCAGAAAAAUUAUCCUUACAGCCCCAGAUGGGACGGAAAUGAAAUGGCCAAAAGAGCAAAGGCUUAUUUCAAAACCUUUGUCCCUCAGUUCCAGGAGGCUGCAUUUGCCAAUGGAAAGCUCUAGGAAACACCAGUGUUGAGAGGGGGCCAGCCAGACUGCUCGGCCCACAUGCGUGUCAGCACCCAUGGCUGCUUCCUGGAAGCCACUUGGAAUUCAUGGCAGUUGUGUUGCUCUCACGGCAGCUUUGCGUGCCCCAGAUGGCCCCGCUUGCUGGAACCCAAACUUGAGCUGGCUGGUGGUACCCCGAAUCCUAGCACCCUCCAUUGCUGGUUGCUCCCUCUCUCUCUCCCCUUCUUUAUAUUUCUUAGCUGGAAGAAAUAAACUCACAGGCCACGAUGCAGUAACUUUCCAGGGAGAGUUAAGACAUCAUAAAUGUACCUACCUUCUUCUAAA